AUAUAAAAGGGAAUAUGCAGCAGCGGGGCUCUUCUCUCGGCACCUUCUUUAUACUUGUACUGCUGUCCAUUUAGACCAAAAAAAAGAACACCGAGACCUACAAGAACCUCAGCAAUGUCUCUUGUAGUCCAACCGAAAAAGACUUUGUUCUUUCCACAUCCCACCACUAAUUUGCACGAAAAGAAGUCCGUUACCAUCACACUGCAAAAUCCGGGUAAUCAAGUGGUCACAUUCAAAAUCAAAACGACUGCACCGAGAACUUACAGCGUACGACCCAAUAUUGGAUUUCUUGAUCCCUUGCAAUCUCGAGUUGUUCAAAUCCAUUUCCAUGCUGAUCAAUAUGAACGACGUCAACGCGAUGACAAAUUUCUUGUCUUGAGCAUGAGUAUCGAUUAUCCAGCUCAUCAAAAUAUUAUGGAACUGCAUGGCUUGUGGACACACGUUGAAGCAAACGAUAAAGCACGCAUAUCUCGAAAACGGCUUCGGUGUGAAUUCCUUGAGCCCGGACAGGAUGCCACCGAAGCCCAGCAUCAAGCCCCUAUGUAUCUGACAGACGAUGAUGUCGAUCAUGCAUUACAAUCAGGACCUGAAUUUGAACCUGAAGCGGAGAUACUUGAACAACAACCCACAACCAUGCUAGCCGAACCAGCGCAAGCUCCAGUAUCACUAUCGCAAGUUCAACAGGCGCGUUCACCGAUAUUUCUCCACGAUCAAGGUCCAGCAGCAUUCAUUGAACAUCAAGCGGAACAACCUAUUCAUUCACCACCACCACCACCACAAGAACAACAACAUAUAUCCGCUAGAAUCAUGCAAUCAUCUUCUGAUCAUCACCGACAGCUAUCUCCAAUCGAUAUGCACGAAAUGGAUGAAUUAAAGCAGAUGGUUAACAGUAUGAAUCAUCAAAUGAGCGCGUAUAAAGAUGAGCUUGCCCACUUGCGGUACCGUCGGACGCAGUGGAAACCGCGUGCUCAGUAUGCAGCAGCAUUACGACCAACAACAACAACAACGAGAACUCAACCAAUGACAACUGCACAAUAUCCAGCAUCAGCUGUGGUCAUCGUUGCGCUUCUUGCAUUCGCACUUGCCUACCUGGUGAUCCAUAUCACUUCAUAGCUCCCAAAAAAUAAAGAAAGACAAAACAUGUACAAAACGAUGGAAUGUAUACAUAUACUGUAUGCAGCCCCCUCGCCCUUUCCUUCAUCUAAUCAAUAACAACAACAAAGCUUUAUAUACUGCACACAGAUAAAAACAUGUACAUA